AGAUGUAAGCUGGGAGCACGGAACGCAGUGGAAUCCACCUACACCGGGACGUCGCUUAAGCAAUAGGCACUCCGUCUCUCCAAGCGUGCCAUUCGAACUGAUCAUGCAUUCUUGAUGCAUUCCUCCUUUUUCAGGCACAAUCCUCCUCAAUCGACACACUUUUACUGGCUGAUCAGGGGGGACUUUGUCAUCGGUCAAUCCCAGAAAACUCACCGAACCAUCAUGAUUCAUUUGCGGGGUAAAACACCGGCUCCGGUUUGAAGAACGCCUCCAUGCCGGAACUCACUUCCCCGGAAUACCUGACAACGAAAACAUCUUAAAGUCUGACACUCACGAGGCUCGCAAUGCUUGAACCCCUUGGCCCCUCCCUGCCCCCUUCAACGUUCGAGAUUGUACGAAGAUGGCACCGUUCAACCAAGCUGUGACCGUCCACCGUAAAGGACCGCAAGAUGCCGCCAACUUUGAGGGGCGAACGGUGGAUUACGAAGGAAUCAUGGAUCCUACUUGGAAUAUCGGAAACGUGCCAUGUGGAGGAUACUCUCUAGCUUUGAUUCUAGAGGCAUGCAUUCAGCACCAAGAAAAGACAGAGCACAUCGACCCCCUCCACAUCUCCUCCCACUUCCUCAAACCAACAACCUCCGCUCUCCCCUUCCUCGUCCGCGUACGAACAGUAAAAACCGGAAAGACGAUCACCAACCUCCUAGCCGACCUAAUCCAAGGGGACGCACUAAGAAUCACAGCACACGCCAUGUUCGGGCUCAACGGUCCUCUCUCCGAGGGAGACUUCGUCCUCCAACCACCCUCCCCCUACGCCCGCCGCCUCCCCCUGUACUCACACCCCUCCCAAGCCAAGCACACACCCAUGUUCGGCGUUUGGCGCACGAACCAACAAGUCUCCUGGGCCCACGACACCGCGACCCUCGAGAAAAACCAACCCGGCCACCCGAACCGGACGAACAGCGAGACAGUCGGAGGCGGGGGGACAGAAUGGGCUGCAUGGUUCCAAUUCGAACAGCCGACGGAGAAGUUGUCAAAUGUCUAUAUCCCGCUUUUGGUUGACAUGUUUAUGAACACGCGGAGUCUGCUGCCGUUGGGCGAGGGAGGGACUGAGGAUGCUGCCCAUUGGGCACCCACAAUGACCCUCGCCGUCGACUUCAAAUUCCCCGUGCGCAACCUCACACCCCACCACUCCUCGAAAACCGUCGGCCUCUACUCCUCCGGGCGCUUCGUAAACCACCCCCAAAGCCGCCACGACAUCUACGUCGAAGUCUGGAGCGCGCCCUCCAAAAUUGGCGAGGGAGCUCCAGAAGAGGGGUGGAGGGAUAAACAGAUUUGUUUGGCGAUUGCAACGCAGAUGGCGUUGACCCUGCCUAUGGCUGUGAAUCUGAAGAAUGCGGAGAGGAAUCAUCAGAGUCUGAAGGCGGCGAAGUUGUAG